UGAAAUGAUCCGUAGAUGCAUCUGCCUGGGGAAGUGGGGAUGUUUGCUGGCUGCAAUCAUAUGCUCCCAAGUUGAGAUGAGCUGGUCCCAGCUUUUAAUUGAACCAAAGCCCUCACUACCUUCUGCAGGGAAGGAUGUCGAACUACAUGUUAAGUGUUCCUUUGAGAUCAAUCAUCUUAGCUGGUUCAGAGGCGAUAAAACAGAAUGGUCAAUGAAUAUACUCACAUAUUAUAGUGAAUCAAAGUUCAUACCUGGGCCACAGUACACUAAAAGAGAAACACUAAUGGGAGAUGGAUCACUUUAUAUAAAGAACCUGAUGACAAAUUACAGUGGCAUGUACACUUUAGAGAUCAAAACACCGGAAUUAACAAUCCAUAAUUCGGUUGAGCUGCGCAUAUCAAUUACCUCAAAUAUACUUCAUCAAAAUACUUUGCCACCAAACAGUAUCAAGGCACCUGAAACUAAAACCACUUCACCCCCAGGUGGAAAGAAUUAUUUAGCUAUUUCUGUCGGAGCUACGAUUGGUGCAGUAGCUGUAUUAACUUUUGUCAUCAUUGGGUCGGUCAUUUAUAUUAAAAAACGGAGCAAGAAAGACACUCAGGAACCUGUUUAUCAUUAUGUGGAAUCAGUAGCACCAACACGGGAAGUUGUUCCUUAUUUGGAGAUUUUGCCUUCCAGUCCACCCAUUUAUAUUAAUCCUGCAUACCAGGAUCUUACAAAACCCUAUGAAGUUGCGUACACCAGUCUGAAGAAAACAGAUCAUUGAUUCAUGGAACUUUGUGGAUUCUCAGUAGCUGAUAGACGCAGCGAAGGUCUUCCUAUUCAGUUAUGGGUUGUAAAUACUGUAUAUUAUAUAAUAGUAAAUUUAUUACAGCUGUAAAAAUAGGACGAAUGUAGUAAUAAUCAUCUGUAUGAAAUGUAUGAAUGAAAUUAUUUAUAUAUUUUUGACCUAUAAAUUAUUGUAACAAUGCCAGUAUUUAUUAUAAUACAAUUUUCUAUCAUCUAAAUUACGAGUUUUGCGCUAUAGAGGGUGCAAAACAAAUGCAACAAAAGUUGCGUUAUUUCACCCUUCAUAACGCUGCCAUUACAAGUUUUUGAAAAGCCUCCUUGUGCUGCGAUAUGGUGGCGAUGAGCUCCAUACUGCACAAAAUCCAAGUGCUGCUUUGACAUGCUCGUGCACGCUUUCCCCUAGACAUCAAUGGGGAGUGAGUGUUAGAAAAAAACCUGAAGCGCAGAAUGAAAAGCUCUGUAACGCACCCAUUGAUGUCUAUGGGGAAAAAAAAGUUACAUUUAAAGCUUAUUUUGGGGGGCUUUUUAUUUUUAUAGGGCUAUUAGAUUAGGUGUAAUUGUUUUUAUUUUGAAUUUUCUUUUUUCUUUUAUAUUUAUAUAUUUUAUAUUUUAUUUUUUGUACUUUAGUGUUUUUAUUUUUUGUAAUUUAGUAUUUUUUAUUUUUUGUAAUUGUUGAUUUAAUUUUUUUAGUAGUGUUAGUUUUUUUUAUGUGUAAUUUAAUUUAUUUAAUUGAUAGUUAUUUAAUGUUUAAUUUAUAGUUUAAACUUAGGUUUUUUUAAUUUCCCAGGUAAGUUUUUAUGUAUUUUAAGAUAGGGAUCUUGUAAUUUUAAUAUAAAGUUAGGGGGUUGUUAGGUUUAGGGGUUAAUAGUUUAAUUUUUUUUUUGCGAUGUGGGGGCUGGCGGUUUAGGGGUUAAUAGGUUUAUUUAGUUGCAGUGAUGUGGGAGACCAGAGGAUUAGGGGUUAAUAACUUUAUUUAGUGGCGUCAAUGUAGGGGAGCUGUGGAAUAGGGGUUAAUAUAAUUAUUAUAGUGUGGGCGAUAUUGGGGUGCAGGGAAAUAGGGGUUAAUAACUUUAUUAUAGUGGUGACGAAUAGGGGUUAAUAAAUUUUAUUAGUGGCGGCGAUGUCGGGAGAGGCAGAUUUUGGGUUGCGAUGCGGGGGCCUCAGUUUAGAGGUUAAUAGGUAGUUUAUGAGUUUAGGUAGUUUAUGAGUGUUAGUGUACUGUGUAACACUUUAAAUAUGAGUUUUGUGAAACAUUUUUGUUACACAAAACUCAUAACUACUGCUUUCAGAUUGCGGAACAGAUUGUGUCAGUAUAGGCUGUAACGCAAGAUUUUUAGCCUCACCGCAAAACUUGUAAUGGCAGUGUUAUGAAAAUCCCAUGCAUUUUUUGAGUGCGGGAUUGACGUUGAGCUACAGGCUAAAAUGCUUGCGAUAUAGCUAUACCGACACGACUCGUAUUGGCUGCGUUAUGGUUUUUAAGCUGAAAUGGCCAUUUUCAUUUUCAACGUUAAAACCAGAACGCAAAACUCGUAAUCUAGGUGUAUGUUCCUAAUUUCUGUCGUGAUUUACCUUUAUACAAAAAUAUAUACUUACAUAUUUUUGGUAUAUAAAAAUAUCAUUGCCUGGGUAUGUCUUCAACAAAGCAUACCACAAGAAGUCAGUUGGAAACUUCAAGAUUGUUUAACCUGUCUAAAAAUCAGAAAAUGAAAUGUUUUAGUUUAAUGUCCCUUUAAGGAUCUAAUUUGGCAUUUAACAAACAAAACAAAUUUGUAGACAUUUUAUAGCCCCAUUUUUCAUGAUUCCAAUAAACCCCCUAAAUGAUCUCCACUCCAAUUCAUCUCCAUUCAUCACAACUACCAUAUGAAAUGCAUAUCAUGGCUUUUCAAGAGUUUUUCAAAUUCAAACAUUCCAAUCCAUUUAAAAAAACACAUUAAAAAACACAUUUAUUACCAGGAUUCUAAAGUGCCAUAGUUGCAUGGUUAUAAUGCAAUGUUCAUCUUCCAAUCAGUAAGAUAAUAUGUCUCAAGAACAUUUUUUACUGUAUUUUUGUAUUAUACAAGUUGGACCUGUUUAUGACAAUUUGUGGCUGUUUCAGUGUGCUCUCUUCACAUUUUAAUAAACAUUAUUUUUUAUUUGAAAUAACAUUGAAAACAAAAAAAGCAA